AUGGCUUUAUCAUCCCGGAGGGCAGUCGCUGCCCUCCGCCGUACGACGAAUCGACAAUGUGGCCUACUAAUUCCAUCUGCCAAUUUACCACCCCGACCAAUUUACUACGCCGACAAGCUCGUUAGGCUCCAACAAUGUCGCCAUGAAUCCACAGGUGACAGGGGAGACGAUUUUCGAUAUUUUGACUCCGAGGGUGUUUUCAACUCGAAGAAGGUCGGGAAGCAAUUGGAGGAAAGGGAUAUAGCACAGAAGAAGCUUGAAGCUAAAGCCGAUGGUGCUCCUACCGCCGGGGAACUUUUUGGCUGGCCGGAGGCCCAGGAAGAAGACAAGGACUACGAAAUGCCCAAAGACCUUAAUAACCUCCCGCAAAAACUUCGCAAGGCUCUUAAGCUUAAGCAACUCCCUCGUCAACCAAUUACCGCCGAAAACUUGUUUUCCAAACUCCAAAUCACAGACACCGAACUCGAUCAGCUAGCAAAAACCGGUCGUUUCCGUGACGACCCAAAGUACAAAGCCCACGGUCUCGUCCCAUUCAAACCCGAAGAUAUAGCAGAAGAGGAUCUUGAAGGCAUGGCAGAUCUUUCAGAGGUCAACAGCUUAAUUGGCAAUGUUGGUUUCUCGGAGUCCGAAAUCAUGAGCAUCAUGCGCGACCAGGACGAACCACAGAACGAAAUGGACUUCAUGAAGCGUAUCAUCGAGGAAACUGAAAAGGAUAUGAAAGAGGAUCUCGUCCGUCUUCAAAAACACGAAGAGGCAAUGCUACAAGAGGAAAUAAAAAUGCGUGUGGCUGAAGGAAUGUCCGCUGAACAGGCCGAGCACGACGCUCGCGCCAUCAUGCGUCUGCCGCAGCAGCGUACCGAAACCCGUCGAGAACUAUCCCGCGAUCUUUCAGACGAUGCUAUCAUUGCUACUGAGACGCUCUGGAAUACUGAGCUCGAGGAAAUGGGCGAGAAGGGUCUGCGUACGAUGAUGAAGAAGAUGGACCAUGUUGAAGAAUACGCUAGUAGACCAUUGAGGCCUGAUCAACAAACGGUAAGGGAUAUGUAUUUCCUGCCACCGUCAAAACGCGAAGACGAUGAUGAUAUGGAUCCCAUGAUGUGGAGUUGGAACGCGACCGAUAUGAGUAGUAUGGCGCACGACGAUUUGGAGGAACAUCGUGAAGCAAGAAAGUACGCAAGGUUAGCAGUUUAUGAUAUGCCUCGGUUAUCAAGAUUCGUGAAGCCAUUCAAGGUGCCAACCGCAGCCGAGGUUCUACGGUUCAGAUAUACGACACAUAUGGGCGUAUCGCACCCUACAGACAACAAAGUAGUUAUGGAGUGCUGUCCUGAGGAUCUAGGCCUCACCCGUGUGCAAACUGACAAGUUAAUCAAACUCUGCGGUGCGCGUUAUAACCCGACAACAAAGUUGCUAAAAUUCAGCUGUGAGAUGUUCGAGCAUCAACAUCAAAAUAAGAGGUGGUUGAGUGAGUUGGUGGAUAAGCUAAUCAUUGAAGCUAAGGAUGAUACGGAUACCUUUGAAGACGUCCCCUUCGACUUUAGGCAUCAUAAGUUCAAACCCCAGCCCAGCUUUCCAAAGGAGUGGAGGAUGACAAAGGAAAAAUUGGAAUUAAAGAGAUUAAAGGACUGGCAGAAGCAUGCAACACCCGGACAGUGGGAACAGCUAAAGACCUAUAUCCAUUACCAAACCCAAGAACAGAAGAGACUAGCGCUCGAGGCGGGGGGGAAGAAGGAAAGUGGGGUUGAUGUAGCAGGUUUGGGGCGUACGGCUGAAGAAGUUCCUGUUUUAGUGGCCUAA